AUGAACGUGAACAAACGGCAGAAACUACCGUUAACGAGAUGCAAUCAGCAAGAGGAUUCACAAAAAGAUCUAGGAAGAUCCUCGUCAAUAGAGCAAAGCUGGCACGGUUAUGCCCUGGACACACUUCCGCCUGAAGUUCUGGAGAUGAUUCUUCGACUUCUGCCUCUUCACGAUGUUGCCACUUCCGUCCGUUUGGUUUCCAGACACUGUUCAACGGUAGCGGCUACAGUCUUAAAUGGCGUGUUCCUCGCGGCCGGCACGCGAGUGGAGAGUCUUAUGAAGCGCGCCGAGAAUGCCAUGAAAUGUGCGAAAACGGACGCUGAGUUAUUGGCUUGUAGCAAAGCACUGAAUGCGCUAGAACUGAUCAGGGCUCAGUACAAAAUGCUACGAGCCGUGACAUGGAGAUACACACAUCCCCCAACGAAGCAACAGAAAUUUCCGAGGCUAUGUUUCUACGCAGGAAGUUUACUGGACAACCUGAACGAACUUCUCGGUGGUGUUGCAAAGGAUUACGCGUAUUUUAUCGGUGUUCGUAACCCGGAUUCAAGCGUGAACUGCUUCGUUGCCACUUGCAAACGAUUUAUGAACUUCUUCGAAAAGGUCUCUGAGCGCAAGGUGAACAGAUCGGCUUUAAUCUCCGGGUGCAAAGUCAUAGACAUUCUGGACUGCCUCAUAGAAGGCCGACAAGUAUUGUCCUUCAAAGUAAUACCGAACAAAAGGGGCGUCGGAGGAGCUGUGGGCAUGAAACUAAGAUACACCAUGAAACGCGCUUGGUUUACCUGUUUGGAGGUUUCAAAAAACGCAGAGGAAAAUUCGUGGAGGGAUGAACAACGUUUUAUGUACCUCAGAUUACGGCGUCUAGUUGGUAGCAUGAACGAACACGUGUUUGAGAUUUUGCAUUACGAGCAGGAAUUGCUAUUGCAGGUGAUAAUACCUUUGACAAUCCCCCUGAAACCUCCGCCUGCUUCCACAUACUCGGGAUAUGGGGAAUAUGGCGGUCGAUUCUUUUACUACGGGAACAUGAACAAAUACGCGUAUGAAAAUAAAUUCCUCCACACGUUGAAUACGGCGAAUAUGGCGGUCGAAACUGAAGAACAGGUGCAGAAUCCGUCUCUGUUUGGUGUGACGAUCGAGAUCGAAUUGAAGUGCACGCCAGAAUUGGCGCCACUUGCCGUGAGGACGAUUUUAAAAUCAGAUGAACUUGAAGCGUACGAGAUGAAAACAUGUAAGAACCAGUUGCUCUAUCUGCGAAUGAAUGUCACAUGCUCGGCGUCGAUAGAUAAUAGGCUACCUGGUAAUUUCGUGUGGGAACUGCAUAGCCCACGACGUGUGCAUCAAAACUUGUAA